UCUUCAGCUGCCACCCCCGUGGGUCGUGGUUUUAAGAAAUAAAAUGUCGCUGUUGUACGGUAACAUAAUAUGAGCGAAUGUAAAGAAGCACAGUGCUUUUAGAAAGUCGACUUAGAAUUAGGCACUUUGCAUAUGAGCCGUGACUCAAAUUUGGACACAUUCUACUUCUUGUUUUGCUGGAAUUAAUCUCAAGUAUUUUCCUUUCACUUUCAGAACCGGGAGAGAUUUUUUUUACAAUAGGAGUAUCUUGUUUUCCACAGCGACUUCUCGACGACGAGCCUUCGACUUUCACUUUCCCUCUUGACGCACUUGUUUUGCGCGUACGCCAACACGAGCGAGACGGGAACCGUCACAAGAGCACAAGUAUUCCAAUCCCGUUGUAGAGAAGCCAUGCUGGUGACACGAAUCCUUUUGUGUGCAUUCUUUACGACCUGCGUGUGUGCAUCUGGGGUUGCAGAUGUGGUUCUGUCCUGCGAGUUCAUAGAAGACUCGGCGGGACCGCACGACAACUUCGCCAGAAGUCCUGCCACCCUCAUCUUGAGAGAAGUCUUUGUUGGUUCCCUUGAAUCCCUAGAAGCGUUGACUCCGUUUGUCCCGCCGUCCAAUCCGGAUCCACACGUCAUCUUGUUUGAGUCCAAAGUUUCAUCAUUGAAGAUUCCCGACAUUCACAUUCUGCUCCAUGCCGAUUGCAACGAGCGGGAGGUGAUGUGUGAAAUAAGCAGGUUCGCUCCCCAUGGCAUGAAGGAAAGUUCGGGAUCGGACCAUUUCCUGGUGUCCAUCGAAGUGGAAGGCGGGGCUUUUGGCACUUUGUUAAUCCUGCGUGCCGUGCCGCAAGCCGAUGACCAAACGAGCCGGAUGCAUCACGAACUGGGCCUGCCUUUGAGCCAGACUGGAACGAUGCUAACUGAAGUGUUAUUUCUGGUCUUUUCCACUGUCAAGUCUCUGUCGGCACCCGUGAGAGGCGCCGGCCUCCUCAAUUGCGGCUUCAGGCAUCAGGACAUGUCGCCCGAUGAGGAAGUGCACAUCGAGUGGCGCCAACAACAUCGGGGACGAGGGCAGAUCAUCAUCACGACGGCGACGAGGCUGAACGAUCCGGAAGGAGGCGCAACGGUGCGACACUGGAGCAAGGACUCAAGUAUGGAUGGCGCCCAGGUUGUGAGCGAGGGCAACGCUUCUGUGACCCUGAACAACAUUCAGGUUACAGAUGAGGGCGCCUACAUCUGCUCCGUCACUAUCGGACCUUACCAUGGCCAGCAGGUGGUCAAUCUUCAGGUUGUUCAAGCACCAAGUGUUUCAUUCUCGGAGGAAAAGCUCAUUUUAAAGGGAAAUACACCACAGACACUAAGAUGUCAUUGUAGUCAAUACUACCCUCUGGAUGUUCAGGUGGAGUGGCUGUCACAGUCGCCGACGGACGAGGAGCCCGCCAUCUUCGCCGAUCAGGGCUCGCUUUCCAGCCACCGGACGCAUGGCGACGGCACGUACUCGCUAUCGUCCCAUCUCGUCGUGCCCCCCAACGUGGUCCCCGGGACCCGAAUUACCUGCAGGGUGUCCCACGUGGCUCUGGAUGUUCCUGUUUCCCUCAGUGUGCUGGUGGAACACCUGGAAGAAGAUGGCUACUGGUGGGUGUUGUCAUUCUUGGGCAUCACUGUGGUGUUCUUCUACCAGGUCAUCAAAUAGGAACUCUGAUUUAUUUAAAUCUGAAUUCAAACGGGUUAUUUGCUGUAUUUUCUACAAACACAAGACAUUAUGUUGACUGGUUUUGUUCGAGCAACAAUAAUUUCAUUGAAGACCAGUUCCGUCAGCAAUCAUCAAUGAUAUUCGCUCCAACCUGGAAUGUCACUGGUGAUUACUAAUGUGGAAUGUUACAACAUAAAUUGUGGAUUUGUUUCAACCUAAAAUGGUUUUCAAAUUGGUUUGAAUGGGGAAAACCCGUGCACUUUUUUGCCUUUCUUUGUGAUAGUUUUUGAAUCUUGGCUUAAGUUUUUGUAUGUUCUCCCCGGUUUUAGGUGGGAGUGUUAUUCAGGUUCUCCAGCUUCCUCACACAUUCAAAAAUAUGCUUCUUAUCUGGGCAAUUAGGGGUGGGGGGAAUAAUUAUCAAGAUUAUUUUUGACUGAUAUUGAACUCUUUAUUUAAAAAAAAAAAACACGAAAAUUCAGUGUCAAAACUCAACUUUAAAUUUACCUUGAAGAAAAAAAUAACCUGGAAAGAAAAUUGUAACCGAGUAAAAUAAUAAUAAAAUAAUAGCAAUAAAUAAUAAAAAUACAGUCAAUACUGUUGUCCGCCUACUAUUAGAAAUAAUAAUCAUGCGUUGAAGCGCCACUUUGCGUUCCUGUCCGUGUUGCUGUAUUACGUGGUCCCGCUGCUGCUGGAAGUCAUCUGUUAAUGCUAGCGGCCAUCGUGCUAGCUGAAGCUAUUUAUAAAACGCUAACGCCGAUUCAAGCCACUUUAUACGGGCGAGUGUGUCCCAGUCGUGUUUUUUUUUCACAAUAUCAUUUUUGUCGGGUUGUUUUGUGAUUUAAAAUACAUACUUUUAGUCCGAAACCAAAUUCACUUGGUCAUUUUCAACGAUGGGUGAGUAGGUUGGGAGUGUCCCCCACACAGCGACAUACUAGCCACGGGGAAAGUAAGGAAAAAUGGAUGGCAUUCAUACUUAGAUUUAAAAAAAAAACGUAACACAGUCCAGAGAACAGUUUUGUUCGAUUCUUUUAUUAGCAUCAGCAAAAUCGACGAGCAUGCACUUAUUCUUGCAAACAUUUUCACCUUUCAUGUAAAUCGCACGUGUACACUGACAAAUAAUACAGGUUCUCAAUAUAAUUUGAUUGUUAGUGCAGCUGUGCAGAAAUGAAUGUCGUUGUUGUUUUUAAUGUGAUCCACUCACACGCGAGUCUUAGAAGAAAAUCUGAGCAUCUUCACUCUAUUUUAACAACAAAAAAUAUCCCGAAAGACCGAGCCAAACGUGUCAGAUGCCUGUUAGUGGUCUAUGCUACAUGACGUUAACAGUUGAAAGUCGUCCCGGUUUGGCACUGGUGAAUAGUUAGCGGAUCGGAUGAUGUUUAAUGCCUGCCGACGACAACCGAAAGAGCGUUAUUUGGACCAAAAAAAAAACCCUUUACGGUGACCGUUUUUGCCAUGCAAAUAGGAAACGAA